UGAAAAUGUGGAAGCUGUUUGCGCUGUGCGCACAAUCUUUUAUUUGUUUUUGUUAUUUAUAAUUUGUUGUUUACGGUCUGACAAAGACGAAGUUAAUAAAAAAUGUGGAUUUGAUUUACAAGAGGGUGCAAUAGAAGGGACGAGAACGCAUUACGAAAAUGUACUCCAAUGCAAUUUGGUAAUUCAUAUAUUGGACCAAGGUUAUAAUGUGCAAAUAGUAUGAAGCCAAACACGUGUUGGCUGCAAGUUUUUCCGGUGCUUUUAGUUGUUGCUGUGAUAACAGCCAACCAUAGCCGGUUAAACAAUACGGCUGACACACGGAACAGCUAUAUCCAUCCUGCAGAAUCUCAUCCUUGUCAUCAACUAACGAAUAGCCCAUGCAAUUCAACUGGCAAUGCUGGAGAAGUCAAAGUGAAAUUUUCCACAAGAAUUGUUAAGAAUGAAUAUAUUGUCGCCUUCAAGGGUUACUACAAACCACAAACUCGAGAGAAUUACAUUGGUGCUGCCCUGAAUUCAUCAGGUGUUCCGAACUGGAGAAUUCUCUCUCGAAACAAUCCAGCUAGUGGUUUUCCAAGUGACUUUGACGUUGUCCUCUUAGAAGAAACUGACAAACACAAUGGACUUAGUGCAUUAAGCGAUCAUCCUCUUGUAAGAAGAGUCACUCCACAAAGACUUGUACAUAGAACCUUAAAGUAUAUCAAUGUAUCUGAGGAUGGAGAUACUCCUGAAUAUGGAAGCUUUAAGCGAAAAAUCAGCAGUUAUAAUAAUCAGUUUUGGCAACCACAAAGUCGUCAUGCCUCACGCAGGAUCUUACGAGCCAUUCCACGACAAAUCACAAGCAUCCUUCAAGCUGAUGCUUUGUGGGGAAUGGGAGUUACUGGACGUGGCGUUAAGGUAGCCGUGUUCGACACCGGUCUAGCUGCCAGCCAUCCACAUUUUAAAAAAAUAAAAGAACGCACUAAUUGGACUAAUGAGAAAACCCUGGAAGAUGGCUUAGGACACGGAACAUUUGUAGCCGGUGUGAUAGGUUCCUCGUCCCGUGAUUGUCUUGGCUUUGCCCCUGACGCCGAGCUUCACAUAUUUCGUGUCUUUACAAAUGCACAGGUGUCCUACACUUCCUGGUUUCUUGACGCUUUUAAUUAUGCAAUAUUGGCAAAAGUUACUGUACUUAAUCUCAGUAUCGGUGGUCCAGAUUUCAUGGAUCAUCCAUUCGUUGAUAAAGUUUGGGAACUCACUGCCAAUGGGGUGAUAAUGGUAUCAGCAAUUGGUAACGAUGGACCAUUAUAUGGUACGCUGAACAAUCCCGCGGAUCAAAUGGACGUGAUUGGUGUAGGUGGUAUCAAUUGGGAAGAUCAAAUAGCACGAUUCUCAUCUCGUGGUAUGACCACAUGGGAAUUACCAUUUGGUUAUGGAAGAGUUAAACCAGAUUUAGUUACAUAUGGAUCAGGAGUACGUGGAUCAGCUUUACAAAACGGUUGUAGGACACUAUCAGGUACUUCUGUUGCAAGUCCUGUAGUUGCUGGAGCAGUGGCUCUCCUGGCUAGUGGAUUUUUAGGAGCAAACGGAUCUCAAAAUUCCAAUCGUAAGGUAACUCCAGCGAGUAUGAAACAGGCUUUGCUAGGAUCAGCUCGACGUAUAUCAGGAGUUGGCAUGUUUGAACAAGGUGCAGGAAGGCUGGAUCUUCUUCGCGCAUUUCAUUUCUUACGAUCUUAUACACCUAUUGCUACCUUGAGUCCCAGUUAUAUUGAUUUAACUGAGUGUCAAUAUAUGUGGCCGUAUUGCACUCAAGCUGUAUAUUAUACUGGAAUGCCGACUAUAGUAAAUGUUACCAUUAUAAAUGGUUUGGGUGUCUCUGGUCAAGUAACAUCGCUUUCUUGGCAUCCUUACAUUCGGGACGGUAACGGAGAACGUAUAGACGUUUCGUUAACGCACAGUGACGUUCUUUGGCCCUGGUCUGGUUGGCUAGCUGUUGCUAUUACUGUACCAGUCACAGCUGUUGAUUGGCAAGGUUUAGCUCAAGGACAUAUAUCUAUGACGAUUGAAUCGCCGCCUGGUGACGGUGAACAGGAACCACGACGAUCUACUAUAGAGUUACCCUUAAAGGCUAAGGUGAUACCAACUCCACCUCGUCAUAAGAGGAUCCUAUGGGAUCAAUUCCACAACCUACGAUAUCCUCCAGGAUACUUUCCUCGCGAUGACUUGCGCGCAAAGAAUGAUCCCCUUGAUUGGAAUGGAGAUCAUAUCCAUACCAACUUUAAGGAUAUGUAUCAGCACUUGCGUAAUGCUGGUUAUUAUCUAGAAGUAUUAGGAACACCGUUCACUUGCUUUUACGCUAAACAUUAUGGUACACUGCUUAUCGUUGACUCAGAAGAAGAAUUCUUUCCUGAAGAGGUAGCUAAAUUAAAACGAGAUGUGGAGGAGGAUGGGUUGUCUGUGGUGAUAUUUGCUGAUUGGUACAAUGUAACGGUUAUGAGGAAAGUCAAGUUUUAUGAUGAAAAUACUCGACAGUGGUGGGUACCGGAUACAGGUGGAGCAAAUAUACCAGCACUGAAUGAUCUUCUGUACCCUAACUGGGGUGUAGCUUUCGGUGACUGGGUUAGGGAUGGCCAGUUUGCUCUAGGACAACAUCCACCUGUUACAUUUGCUUCUGGUACUACCAUAGCUAGGUUUCCGAUGGAAGGUGAGGUUUUACACGCAGAACUACGUGAUCAGGGCCAGGAACUUCUUUCAGAGACUCAACUAGGAACAUCCUCUUUCGUUCCUAUUCUUGGACUAUUACAAACUAAAAGUCAGGAGACUGUUAAUCGAGUUUAUAAUAACGCCGAAAAUGAAAUACCAGAUCCAGAGGAAAAGGAAGCACAAGCGGCGCACGAAAAAGAAAAAAUUAACAAUGCCGCUGGUAGAAUAGUCGUCUACGGGGAUUCCAAUUGUAUCGACGACAGUCAUUUACAAAAACCCUGCUUUUGGAUGCUGGACGCCAUUUUGGAGUUCACCACAACAGGUCAGGUACCUUCGGUUUUCCUAGAGAAUGAAAAUCGUCGCAAGGUCAAAGAUACUGGAGAAUCCGGUAACCUUGAGCUCGGUGAUUUACCAAAGCGGAUGGAAGGUAGUCAUCUGAGUCGUCACAGUAAAGUCCUGGAGAAUGAAGGCGCUGUGGGAGGUGGGCGUCUACGUCCAUUACCAUCUUGUCCUAUUACUGUUCUUGCUCCACGAAGACCAUUAAACGAAUCGGCGCCAGCGAACCUGUACAAGUCCCAAAAACUACUCUCAGUGGGUGACGCACCGGUCGCGGCUGUUCCAAUACCCCAGGAGUCAGAUCCUACAUGGCCACGAAGACGAAGUGGAGUCGUAGUUAACGUUCCUGCUUUGCAUCAUUCGGGACUAGCGCACGAUGUACACGAAGAAGAGAAUGAUCUAGAAAAUGACAGAUGGUUUUUCACUGGUCGUUGGGACGUCGUGGGUGGAAUUAUUAUUCUUGGUGGUAUCAUACUAUGUAUGUUCAAUCGAUGGAGUUAUUGUACUACAAAAAGGCAUUUAAGAAGAAAACGAACUGUAGGCAGACUGCGGAAAGUCAUUCAGGUUAUUGCUGUCCGCAGAGUGCCUCAGAUGUAAUAGAAACUCAAGAAUGAGGGAAUGACUAUGUUGAAACCAUAGAGAUUGUCUAUUAUCAGGUUAUGACUUAUUACUUGGAAUACGAGUAACUAUCAGAGAAACACUCUUAGAAAAUCCAGUGUGCCUUUAUGAGGAAGAGACGCCGUACUAAAAUUAAUAGUCUACAUGUAGGUUAGAUUUUCUAUCUGUUGAUACAAGAAAGUCGUGCAAAACAAAUCAUUUCAUUAGAGGAUCAUAAUAUUAUAACAUAGAUGAGUUUUUUUAAUUCUGCUGUCAGACUCUACUUUUAUAUCAAUACUGACUACGUACAUUCUGCAGUACUCAGAAUCAUUACUGUCAAAUUCUUGCCAGUCGAUGGCUCAUCGUAACUAUUUAAUAAUAUCGAAUCAGCAUCUUAGAAUUUAUGAUAUGCCUUACAAAUGUCUUUUACCAUAUAAUCCAAAGAGCAUGUUAAACAAAGAAUAUAUUGAAGUGGCAUCGACGUGACCUUACACACGCUAAAAAAAGUAGCACCAAGGUACUUACCUAUCAUUCAAUUUUUUCUAUACUACAUCAUCUUAUUUGAUUUAUAAAUUUGAUUACAUUAUACGGUGCUUAUUCUGUAAUUAUUAUUGCGCAACAAUACUCACUGACUAAUUUGUGUAUUUUAGACUGGUCAAUCACGAUGAUUGCACAUUUUUCUAUUUUGAUAAUUGCACCGAUUUUGUAAAAAUUGCAUUACGUAUGACCCUAAAAUUUAACUGGUCUUUAUAGUAUAUGUAUACAAUGUCACGAUGCCGAAUAAAAUCACAUAGGUAUAAAAUUAUCUAAAUUAGUGAAAAAACUAGAAAUAAAUAUCUUUUUACGAACUGAUAUGUAUGUGCAGAUUCUAUGCCAUUUUAGGAUACGCAGCACGGAGAAACUUUAUAAUUCAUAAAUGACACACUUGUUAGAGCAUGCGUAAUUAUUUUAAUUACUUAUAUAGCGAAUAUUAAGCUACGUGAGGAAUACCUUCUGUCUAAUUGAUAUCGAAAUGAAGAUUUGUAUGUCCUAAGAUUGUAAAGCGAAAUACAUAACACAUUAGGUAAAUGAAGAAUGUAUAUAACUUUAUUUGUAAUAUCUUCAGUACACAUAAACGAAGAUCAUAUACGUAUGCUUGUACUAAUAUUA